AUGAAUGAUGUCGAGAUAAUCAGAUCUACAAAUCUCAUAAUUCUGCUAGAGGAUGAAAUCUUUGCCGAUUUUUUCAACACAUUUCUUUCUCUCCCGGUUUUUGGUCAGACACCAUUUUACACAGUUGAAAAUGCACAGUGGAGCUUGUGGCCAGAAAUACCUCAUGACAUGAUUGCAAAGUACAAAGGAUUGUUGACCUGGUUGGAAAAAUACCGGUUACCUUUCUUCUGUAAAACCAACUUGUGUUUCCAUUACAUUCUCUGUCAGGAGCUCCUCAGUUUCGUUAAUUCCCCAGAAGGAGCCAAGAUGAUGAGAUGGAUAAAGGCAGACCAGUGGCUACUCCAGAAAUGCAUUGGCGGGGUCAGAGGGAUGUGGCGCUUCUGCACCUACCUCAAGGGCACUGCAGGUGAAGAGCUGGUGGGUUUCUGGAUCCUCACUGAGGAGAUGCUGAGCAUUGAUGAGAUGGACCUGGAACUCAGAGACCACUACCUGUCCCUCCUCCUCAUGCUGAAGGCCACCCAUCUUCAGGAGGGCUCGCGGGUGGUAACUCUAUGCAACAUGAACAUCAAGUCCCUCCUGAACCUCACCACCUGGCAUCCCAACAAGUCAACCACCAGGAGGGAGACCCUGAAAAACAUGCAGAAAGUGGCUGUGUUCAAACUCCAGAGCUAUUGGCUCCCCAACUUUUACACCCAUGCCAAGACGACUUUAGCUAAGGAGGAGUCAUGCCAGGGUCUGAUGCAGGAAUACGAGACUCGCCUGUGCAGUGUUUGCUAUACCCACGUAGGGGGGCUCCCUCUAAACAUGAGCAUCAAAAAGUGCCACCACCCCCAGAAGCAGUACUCGAGCAGGAGGAGCAAAUGGAAGAUGCGGCAGUUGAUAGAUCAUGCCUCUCGGUCUCUAGAGUUGGAUACCAAGCCAGAUGCCCACACUAUGUCCCCCCAGGAGAUGUGUCCUCAGGAGAAGGUGGUUAUACAAAUGGCUUCCCUGAAAGAGGCCUCUUCGAAGGACAGAAUAAUCGAUUCCCUGGAAAAGGAUAUGUUCUGUGCCAGGAAGUCCGACGUGAAGAUGAAAGCCAAGAACCACCUCCACAUGGAGGGCCUCUUUGAGCCAAAGCUUUCUACUCACCUGAGGACUGCGACCCCCAUCAUCAGUCACUCCCCCCAGAUGACAAUCAAGAAGGCCCUCAAGCAAAACCUUUCCUUGGGGUACACCCACUGGGCCUUGUGUGCGGACAUCUAUGCAGGCCGCCCCUUCCGGGACCACCUGAAGAAGCUGAAUUUGAAAGUGGAAAUCCAACUCCUGGACCUCUGGCAGGACCUGCACCGUUUCCUCGGUGUCCUGGUGACUAAUAAGACGAGCGGGAAUGCCGUCUUUCGGCACAUAAUGGGCAACCGAAUCUGUGAGCUCUACUUGAAUGAGCAGAUGGGUUCAUGCCUACCACUCAAAUCCCAAACCACUGAAGGCCUGAAGGAACUGCUGCCUUUGGGGGUUAUGAACCCCUGGAUUCCCAGAGCCCAGAAUGAGAUCUGCCAGAUCCUCAGCCCCUGGUAUGAUGGGUUCCUGGAUGAAGAGGACUACUGGUUUCUCACUUUUUCAACUCAAACCAAGUACCUCAGGACCAAAUGGCAUAAAAGAGAAUCUAUAAGCCAAAAAGAGAACAUUCUUCUUUAUAAGAGGUUUGAGGAAUCGCUGGAGUUAAGCCAGGGUUUGGCAAACAUGGAGGACAUGGAUUCUAUGCAGUGGCAAAAGAUCGCUACCGAGGACCUCAGACAAGGUGGCUCUCUCUGGGUAGAACUGAAGUCUCCAGUGUUUCUGGCAGACACAGAGAAAAUGACCUUUGAGGAACUCUGCUAUAAAUAUCCAAAGAUGGCCAUAGAGAAGAUCAGUGAUGACUACAAAAUAUAUUGUGAAAAAGCACCUAAGACAGAUUUUACAGUGAAAAUUGUCAGAGAACCAAAGAUACCUUCACCCCCUGUUAGGAAAAUGUCUUUGAAAAGGACUGGCGUAAGGAAGCCUUCGUUACGACCCAGAAACUUGGCAGAAGUCCUCCUAAAUCCUCAACACUUGGAGUUUUUCAAGGAGUUCCUCAAAGAACGGAAGGCUGAUAGCCCAUUGCAAUUCCUGAUAGCCUUACAGAAGAUUAGCACUGAGACAAAUGAAAAGAAUUACAAGUCUCUCCUUGAAAAUAUAAUCAAUACUUUCUUCCAUGGCAAAGUCUCUCCCGAAGAAGUGCUGCAGUGCGAUGCCCCUAUUAUCAAAGAAAUUGGUCAGAUGCAUCAUGUCAGCAUGCCCUCCCUGGUAGUGCUCCAGGGCUGUGUAAUGAAAUCUCUGGAGGCAAAGUGGUUUAAACAUUACCAGGACCUGUUCCCGGCUGGUUCCAUUCAGGAGACGCAGCCUGAAGCACAAGCUUUGUCAAGGCAGCUCUCGAAGGCGGCAGCCACGUACUUACAGCAAUCCAAGAAGAGAGGCUGGCUGAAAAUGAUCAGCUUUAUCAAGAGCUUUUGCAAGUACCGCCGAUUUAUGUCUAAUGUCAAUAAGCGCCAGGAAUUUGAAGAAUAUCUUCACCAGGAAUUAAACAACAAGGAAAAUAUGUCUGCAUCACCAAACAUACCAGUACGCCAAACCCCAUGUCACUCAAAUGUCCGGAGUGCAGACCAGGAGAAUGGAGACAUAAUCCUUACAAAGCGACGCAUAUUUGGCCACAGGAUUGUCAUUGUCAACUUUGCAGUCAAUGAUUUACAUUUCUUUUCUGAAAUGGAGAAAUUUAACAAUUUGGUGAGUUCAGCUCAUGUGCUGCAAGUCAACCGGGCCUACAACGAGAAUGACGUGAUCCUAAUGAAGUCCAAAAUCAACAUCAUCCUGAAGCUCUACCUGAACUCGGAGAUCCCUCCAAAGCUAAGGGUGAACAUCUCGGAGUCCCACAAGGAUGCCAUCCUUGCUGCCAUUGUAGAGGGCCACCUAGAUCGCAGCAUCUUCCACGGGGCUAUCAUUUCCCUCUUCCCCGUCAUCAUGUACUUCUGGAAAAGGUUUUGCUCCUGGAAGGCAACCCGCUUUUACUUCCAGUGCAGGGGGAAGAAGCCCAAGGACAGAAAAACUCCUCCUAAAUCUGGACUUGUAAACAAGUACCCACCUUGGAACGGAGGAGACCAUACCGUCUUAAGAUUCACCUUGCUCAAAGGUAUGGAAUGGCUGCAGCCUCAACAGCGGGAUGUAAUAGCAAGUCCAGUCCAGAAUUCUUCAUCGACCAACCUGACCCAGCCAAGACAUUCCCUUUCCACUGUGCAGCUGAGUCCUGUCCUGGGACAAAAAUUAUACAGCACCAAAAGGGAGAAGAAGUAAUCUGGUCAGGCCCCCAAGAGAGGCACAUCAUCUCUCAGAAGCCUCCUAACGCGGACAGAAGCUUUUCUGGUCAGAAAUGAAAUGCUCUGGUGCCAUCUGCCCUGGAAAGAUGAGUGGGGUGACAGCCCAGACGCGGCAGGACCAGACUGCAGUGGAACUAUGAAAAGAUGUCUGGUCCUCGUGAGUGCCUCCAACUAAUCCAGUGUCACCACAGAGGAGGGGUUGGAUCAUGUAUAGCACCUCGGGGUACCAAUCCCCAUC